AUGGCAGAAAUGUUAAUGUUAUCAAGUUCGGAUUCAAUCGAAUUAAAUAAAUUUGAAAAUAAAAUUAGAGAAUCAAGAUCAUUCAAUUGGGUUUUGGUUAGAGAUACACUUAGAUUUUUAAGAAAAAGCAAAGCACGUAAAUCAAAUUUAGUAUCAAAGUAUGGUUUAAAGUUGGUUAAUGAAUACAUCUCAAAAUUAGAUGCUCAAGAAUCCUAUGAUAUUAUUGAACAGGUAUUGGUUUCUCUUUUAGAAUGUGGUGAUGACGAAAAUGCCAAUAAACUCUUUAAUAUUUUAAAAUCUAAAUUUGGUAGAGAAAGUGUACGUGUUCAAAGAUUACAAGCUAUGAUCCAUGAGUCCAAUUUUCAAUUAAAAGAUGCUUUGGAUAUUUAUAAUUCAAUUUUAGAAAAGUAUCCUGCUGAUCAAAUGAGUUAUAAGAGACAAGUAUCAAUUUUUAAAUGCCAAGGUAAUCUCACUAAAGCAAUUCAAGUUUUAAAUACCUAUCUUCAAAUUUUUAUGUGUGAUAUAGAGGCUUGGUUAGAAUUAUCAUCAUUACAUAUUACAUUUUUAUCAUAUAGCACAGCAUUGAUUUGUUUAGAAGAGGUUAUUCUUAAUGCACCAAUCAAUUAUAUCUUUUAUAUUAAAUAUGCCGAGACCUUGUAUAGUUUGGGUGGUAUUGAUAAUUAUAAUAUGGCCAUUCAAUAUUACACCCACUCGUUAGAAUUAAAUUCACCAACUGAAAUUGAUGUAUUGGGUCAUCCCCCAACCUAUUUACCAGCCAUUUAUGGUAUUAUAAUGUCAAUAUUCUCUUUAUCAGAUGAAAAUGUUCAAAUCAAGGAGAGCCAACUCAAAUUGAUGGAAUGGGCACAAAACCACCUUAUACUUAUCACCAAUAAAUACUCUCCUGAUAAAUUAACCUUUGUAAAACAUUUUAUUGAUUCAACUGAUAUAUUUAAUAAAGAAUAA